GACGAUUCGGGAGAAGAUCAGACACCGGUGGGGAAAGAAAUUGCGACGAACCCUAAAUUUGAACCAGGUUUGAAUUGAUCAUCAUUAUACAGUGGUUUGACAUGGCGUUUCGAUCUGUGUUCGAUGCUUCCUUCAUUAAAGCUGAAUUUGAGAAAGCUGGAAUCAAUACUCACUGUAUCCCUUCAAUUUGGAAGUAUGUGAUACAGAACCCUAAUUGUGACUGGCCAGAGAUUCCUUCAUUACCUUUAGCAGCUUACUCAUUGCUUUCUUCCAAGUUUAAACCCUGCACUUCCAUCGUUGACUCCGUUCUCGAUUCCACUGAUCAAGUUACCAACAAGCUCCUCAUUAAGUUGCAGAAUGGAGCAUUUGUUGAAGCUGUGAUCAUGAGAUAUGAUAGCAGUUUAGGGAAAUAUGGAGGCAAGCCUCGUCCUGGUGGUCCAAGAUCAACCUUAUGCAUAUCCUCCCAGGUUGGUUGCAAAAUGGGCUGCAAAUUCUGUGCAACUGGAACCAUGGGCUUCAAGAGUAACCUCUCGACAGGAGAGAUUGUAGAACAGUUGGUGCAUGCUUCACGCUUAUCUCCCAUACGUAAUGUUGUUUUCAUGGGAAUGGGAGAGCCAUUGAACAACUACACUGCAUUAGUAGAAGCUAUCCGAGUAAUGACAGCAUAUCCAUUUCAGCUUUCACCCAAGAAAAUAACCGUGUCAACGGUUGGCAUAAUUCAUGCAAUAAACAAGCUCCAUGGUGACUUACCAAAUUUGAACCUAGCAGUGUCUCUUCAUGCACCAGUUCAAGAUAUCCGAUGUCAGAUAAUGCCUGCAGCACGAGCUUUUCCUUUAGAAAAACUUAUGGCUUCUCUGGCAGAAUAUCAAAAGAAAAGUCAGCAAAAAAUUUUCAUCGAGUACAUAAUGCUUGAUGGGGUGAAUGAUGAGGAGCAGCAAGCCCACCAGCUUGGCAGAUUGCUUGAGACAUUUGAAGUGGUGGUAAAUCUGAUACCAUUUAAUCCGAUUGGCGAACUAAGUCAAUUUAGAACCAGCAGAGACCAGAAAGUUACUAGGUUCCAGACAAUACUUAGGAGUACCUAUAAUAUACGAACUACUGUCAGAAAGCAAAUGGGCCAGGAUAUCAGUGGCGCUUGUGGACAGCUUGUGAUUGAUUUGCCCGGCAAGAAAUCUGCAGGUGUGGCUUCAUUAACUGACAUUGAAGAUCUUCAUCUUUAACCAGAAUUCUAGGUCGAUAUUUAUUCAGAAUAGAUGCUGACACUGGUUCUAUGUAUUCAUGUACGAUCUGAACAAGCUGAUCAUUUUUAUUGAUUACCAGUUUUACUCC